AUGACUCUCCUGAACGUGAAGGUAGUCUUCGUUCUCGGGGUCUUGUAUGGUGCAAGCAGGUUGCUGGUUGACCAGCUGUCGCAGCUAGCGUUCCCCCACUGCGACCACCCGACGAAGUGCUUCGACUACGAGGAGGAGCUAGCCGCCAGCAUUCACCCCGAAGCGGACCCGUGCGAUAACCUGUACGAUCACGUCUGCGCCAAAUGGGACAGGCUUCACCCGCAAGACCAUCCGUCAACCUGGGGCCAAAUACGUUUGCUCCAAGGUCGCGUGCUGUCGUUCUUGCUGGGUAAGCUCCAGCAGUCGCCCAGCGAGCAGCCCAUCCUGGCGAUGCAGAGGACAGUUUCCGGCUUCCAGAGCUGCCUCAAAGUUUACGCGGAGCGCAGAGACGACACGAAGCUCUUUGAAGAAAUUCUGAAAAACGAAGACGCCAGAAGCGACGACCUCGAAGACAUCACCUCAAUCCAAGGUUUGGAUGAACAGCCUCCCGUAAUCGCUGAGCAGCCUUCAACCCCCUUCGCUGGCCCCAGCAGAGAUGCCUCGUCCAACCAAACAGGAGACGCAGGGACUGAGAAUGGCCAGCUUGAGGCGACCCCUUCCACGUCCUACCCUGCUGCACGAAAUACACCACGUGCUAGAAGGCCUAGUGAAAAGGAUGCAAAUUAUCAAUUCCUUGAAAAAAGAAUGCGGCACGACUUGCUCAUUAAAGAAAAAGACUUUGCCCUCGAGUCGAGGCAUCUGGCACUCGAAGAGGACAGGCUGGCCUCGGGAAAAGAGCGGACUUUCAACGAAGAGAAGAGGGGCGAGGAGCAGGAGGCGGCAUUCAACGAGUUCCAUCACCGUUUAGAAACUCCGCCUGUUCUUGCCCACUUUGACGUGGAUGUGCCGACAAUGAUCGACACCGAUGCCAGCAACGUUCUGUUCGACAUAUUCAAGAAGUUCAACUUCGAGUGGCCUUCGUUAACGCUUCCCCGGAACUUUGACCUGAUGGAGUACCUACUGGGCAUGUCCUUUGAGUACAAUCUUGCGACGCCCGCCUUGCUUAGCCUCACGCCAGACCUAAAGACCGACAAGCGGUAUGGCCUCUCUUUCGAAAUCUCAUUGAACAUUGAAGAGGACGCAUUCGACGCUGAAGACAUAGCCAGUUGCAUCUCAUCGGUGGUGCCAUCUGGGACAGGCGAUUCGGCCUUGAAUUUCGCCAAACGAAUCCACACCGUUUUCUCAGACAUAUUGACUACCGUGAUAGCCGUGUUUCUCAACGACCAACGGGUGGUGACCGUUUACACUACCAUCGAGAAGCUCGCGAACGACACCACUGGGCACACCAAGAAGGAAGCCUGGCUUAAGGUCAUCAACAACCACCUGCCCAUGGCUGUCGGCAAGACAGUGGACGUGCUGACGCUCAACAAUAGUGGCUUGCUUCUCAAAACGAUCCUCGACAACACGAAGCGGUCCGGCUACGUUGAUCUCGUUCUGUACGGAGGCUGGAAUAUUCUCGUCAAUCUGCGCACAGCGGUGUCGUCUCCACUGUCGAAAUGUGUGGCUGAAUUGGCUUCGGUGUUGCCCCAGCUGCAGUCCGCGGUUAAAUGCUUGGAAUCAGUGAAUGAGGUUGCGCCAUUCGCCCUCGGCCGGUUUGCCAUCGACAGCCUGGAGCUACAUCGUAACAUCAAUCACACGAACAACACGUGGAACGCAGUUAAGAAGGCCACUCGAGAAAACUUCGCUAAGCUCUCGUGGAUGGACGAAUCAACCGCCAAAGGCGCCAUCGAGCACGUCGACAGCCUGAUUACUGUCCUUCCUCUGCCGCAACACCUCUAUACAAACGAAGCACUCCAGGCACACUACGCUUUCCUGGAUCCGAAUGUCUCGCAGCCGUUCAUUCAUUGGCUGUUUAAAACAAAGCAGAGACGCCUUCAAGAGCAGAAGCGCCUUUUCAAAGAAUCCACAGUGACCAUUUACCGUGACGACUUUGACUACAGCGCAUUCACCGUGAACGCGUUUUACGUGCCCCUAAUGCACAUCAUGGCCAUCCUGCCGGCGAUCAUGGCAGCGCCGUUCAUGCCACAGGAGGUGCCGGCGACGAUCCACUACGGCGCCAUGGGAAAAGUAUUAGGACACGAACUGACGCACGCCUUCGACCCAUUGUUUAGCAACCUCACUAGGACGGGGGAAGUCGGCACAUGGUGGUCGAAGCAGUCAUUCGACAACUUCCGCGGCCGUUUAGAGUGCCUCCGGCGCCAGCUACAGAGUUACACUGAAAACGAGGUGCACAGCAAGAACGCGCUGUCGGAAACAUUCGCCGACACGGCCGGAACUGCCAAGGCUCGGCUAGCCUUCACCUCUCUGCCGGCAGAGAAGGGUGUUCUGGGAUAUACCCAGGAACAGUCGUUCUUUAUCGCUGGCUGUUUCGCGUUUUGCUCGGAGGGUGGUUACGAUUGGAAAGAGCAUGAUAAAUACCCUGCCAUGGUGUUACGGUGCAAUAUACCCGCCCUAAACGAGAAGAAGUUUGCGACCGCAUUCAACUGCCCUAAAGAAUCGGCGAUGAACCCUGAGAAACGUUGCACAUUCCAUUGAUUGGAACCUACAGAAAGAAUAGAUAUAUCGUUCCAGCAG